CUCCAUUCACCUGGCGUUGGAGAGGAGUCUGAGCAGUUUAACGUACUGACUGCUCUCUGCUUCCCAGCUCCCACCAGGUAGUGUGUAGUUAGCAGAGGAAGCCCAGAGUGAGUGAAUGUAUCUUAUUUACUUGGGCACAGCCUUGACAAAGACCAAGACUUCAGACCCAUGAGAAGUUGUCAAAACCUUUUCCAAAUGGAUCAGGCUCAGAAUUGGCAAAGCCUUUUUUCUCUGGUCCAAGUAUGAAUGUUGGUGUGUGCAAAAACUAGCUCUUGCAGCUUUGUCCUGGUUGUUUACAGUUGAGACUGCCCUUCUCCGUCCAGAGACUAGUCGGCAUCUCUCUGCUGCACACAGUAAUCAUGCUGAGAUCCAGGUUGCAGUGAUGGCUCACUUAUCACUGGAACUGCAAAGGGACAGCCACAUGAAACAGCUUCUCCUCAUCCAGGAGAGGUGGAAGAGAGCCAAGCGAGAGGAGCGGUUGAAAGCACAGCAGAGCGCAGAGCGGGAUGGAGCCCCCCACCUGCAGGCAUCUCACAGACCCUCUGAGGAUGCGGAAGGCCAGAGCCCUCUUCUUUCUCAGACAUACAUCCCUUCCACAGAGAAGCGCCUCCCUGAGGUGCAGGGGGUCUUUGACAGGGAUCCAGACACAUUGCUAUUUUUACUUCAGCAAAAGAAUGAGCCAUCAGAGCCCUGUAUUGGAAGCAAAGCCCCAAAAGAUGAUAAAACAAUUAUAGAGGAGCAGGCAACCAAAAUAGCAGAGUUGAAGAGGCAUGUGGAGUUCCUUGUGGCUGAGAAUGAACGAUUAAGGAAGGAAAACAAACAGCUAAAGGCUGACAAGGCCAGACUCCUGAAAGGCACCGUGGAGAAGGAGCUGGACGUGGAUGCGGACUUUGUGGAGAAGUCGGAGCUGUGGGGCUUACCUCCACCCUCGGAAACCGCCACCGCCUCUUCAAGCUGGCACAAGUUUGCAGCUAACACGGGGAAAGCCAAGGACAUUCCAAUACCCAACCUUCCUCCUCUGGAUUGCCCAUCUCCAGAGCUCCCGCUCAUGGAGCUCUCGGAGGACAUUCUGAAAGGCUUCAUGAAUGAUUAAAACGGAAGGCCAUUGGAGAGGCUGGUGACACAGUUAAUCCAGAAAAGAAUACAAAGGGAAAGCCACGCCCCAGGGGAAUGCCAGAGAUGCUCCCUCAUCUGGGAUGCUGUGGGAGAAGAGGCGGUGCCGGGACCUGGGAAAGUCACUGUGAAACAUCACUCACUUCUUCACGACUCAAGCUCAUGAUUCCGACUUGGCAGCCACUGAACUCUUGGAGGUUCGCUUUCUUAUGAUACAAACCAAAUGGCUACCUGGAAUAAUUUUUCAAACAGUUAUUUUUCUUAUCUUCAGGGUUAAAUGUAUAAAAGUAUGUCAUGUGUAAUUAAUCUAUAAUGCCAUAAAUGAUAAUGCAAAAGCUAAAUAUGGUGGCCUGAGAGGCUCACGUGUAUUUGGAACAUGCUUUCUAUCAUGCGUUGACUGUAUGCAUUUUAUGCACAUCUUGUUUGUUUGCGAUAUGGUGUGUAAGAUACACGCUUCCAGACGGAACUGUAUGUGCCACAGUUUGCACUACUCGUAACAUAAUGAGAACCUCAAGACUAUCAGGAGAAAUAUUUAAAUUUCCAUUUUAUGAAGAAAGGAACCAAAUUAUUAGUUAUGCUUUUUAAAAAAAAUUACCAGUUUACAUAAUUAAUCAGGGUGCAUUUUAAGUUCUAACUUUGUGUUAUAUGAUGCAUCAUUUGAAAAUACCAAGGAACUCUCCUUUGUUCUGGAUGAUGCAUGUGUGAAAGUAACGCUAGUUAGCAGUAUUCGAUUGUAAGAAAUCAAUAAAACAAUUGUGUUUCAUA